UAUCUGUGUGGCGGCUGUUUCCCUAAGGAGAAAGAAGACGGGAGGGAAGGAAGGGGAAAGGUGGUCUCUGCAGCACAUGCGUGUAUAUGUCGGGAAGCCGAGUAGGUGCCUAUAGAUAUGAUGUUCACAGCUUCUCGUUGGCAAUGGCUGUUGUCUUUUCUAUCACGCGGGCAUAGCAGCGUCACCGUCCUCGGAUCGACUUUGGGUUUUAUACCCCGCGCCUCUGAUAGAAGAAGGACGCGACGAGGGCACCUCUACUGUGUGGGCGUGUGUGCGGGUGUCCGCCCUAGAGCAGGACGGCUAACGGGGAGAAAUGAGCAUUGUAUUCAACUAUUAAACCAGCACUCGAGGGUAUAUAUAUAUAGCCCUCUUGGGUCCCGAAACGGUGCCAGAGCCCGAUUACUGGCUCCUGUCGCGCCCGCAACCUCUCGCCUGGCAGAGAGGCUCCGCCCACAGCAUUCUCCCAACACACACAUCGUCUCGGCAUGGGUCCCCUUCGCAGGGCUAUCCUGACCCCGGACCCGCCAGCUUGCGCGACGCGGCGUGUGUUUCGGGAAUCCGGUUGGCAAGUCGAGAAGCCUCCAGGUCAUAGUCACGGGCGGUGCGACUACAUCGGUGACAACGCGCGGGCUGCGUCCAGGCAAGUUUCCCAGGGGUCCUGGUACAUGCGUCUUCGCUGCGAUGGCAGAGGAGGGAGACGCUGUGUAAUAACCCCCCCCCCUCCCCUAGGAACUCGGGAGGAGGAGG